ACUACUUUGCCUCAUCGCUAUUGUGAACAACUACGCUCUCUGUUUUCCUUUCGCCUUUAUUUUGAAAGAGAACUAAAAAAUGAACCCAAACUUCAGCUGCUCUUAUUGGACAACGACUACGUUUUGAAACUUUUAAUAAGAAAAUUGUUAGCAGAUAUCGAUACCUAUCAUUAUAAAAAGUUUAUUGCUUUCAAGUUCUUUGCAGAACUCAUAAAUAUGCUUAAAGUCAGUGCAUGUGAGUUCGGAAACUCCAUAUCUGAUAUAUAUUUGUACAGUUUGCAGCAUUCCAUAAUAUCGAGUAAAACUUAUAAUGAACUAUUAUUAUCUUGGAGAAAAACUGUGGAAAGUGAAGAACUUUUAAAUUAUCUCAAUAUUUGUUCCACUCAUAUCAAGUCGUAUCCCUUUAUACCGCCCACCUGGACAGACACUGAAAAUAUUUCUGAAGAAUUUUCUCAAUGGUUACGGCCCAACGUAGAGGACGUGAAAAGUUUUAUGCUCAGCUUGAAGGCAGCUUGCAAAGUACUUGAAAAUAUGAUUUACGAAGGAAAAGAAGAUGAAUGUCCAGAAAACUUUUUUAAUGUGGAAAAAAAACUUAUUGUAUCUGAGCUUGGCGACGGGCCACGCGUCGUAGAGGGAGAGAAGUCCGUUGAGCAUGUGGACCAUCGAAAAAUAUUGACCCGAAGUCACGUGAGUAACAGCACUAUAACGGCUUUCCAGAACUUGAAUACAGAGUCCUGGAGUUUAGCAAAGAAAAAACGGAUCGCAAGACUUUUAACGAAUACUGAAGAAGCCAAGCAUUCUAAUCUCGCUGGAACUUUGCGAUAUCGAACGAAUUAUGAAAUAUUUAAAGAAGAAAUUAUAUCUAUAUUUCAUUCAUUUUUUGAGUAA